UCCUUCGCCGAGCCAAACUAAAACCCUAACAAAGCCCCUAUUUCCGACACUGCUGCCAUUGCUAACCUUUGGAGAGAUAAUCAAAGUGAAGGAAGAGAUGGGAGAGAAAAGGAGAGACAGAGGAAAAGAAGAGAUGGGAGGGAAGAAGAGAGAUAGAGAAGACUCCAACAAUGGCGGAAGAGAAGAUGCCAAGCCUUCAACUUCAACCUUCAGAAAGGAGCAAAUUCUACCUUCUAUGAUAAAGAACAAAGCUAAGAGGUCUGAAAUUCACUCCAGGCUUAAGCAUGAGAAGAAGCUUGAUAAACGUAAGAAGAUCAAAGCUCGCGAUGCUGCCGAUAAACGCGCGCUUGAGCUUGGCGAAGAGCUUCCUACAAGGCAAAUUCCUCGUACGAUUGAGAAUACUAGGGAAGCAGAUGAGACUGUUUGCAAGCCUGGCGAUGAAGAGUUGUUUGCGGAAUUAGAUACUGAUGAGUUCAGCAAUGUUCUGAAAGGAGAGCGACCUCAGAAAGUAUUGAUCACUACAUGCCGUUUCAACUCCACUAGGGGACCUGAUUUCAUCAAAGAAUUACUUCAAGUGAUCCCAAAUUCGUCUUACUAUAAAAGGGGAACUUAUGACUUGAAAAAGAUCGUGACAUAUGCAACUAAAAAGGAUUUCUCUUCUCUGAUUGUUGUCCAUACAAAUAGAAGAGAACCUGAUGCUCUCCUAAUUAUGGGCUUACCUGAUGGACCAACUGCGCAUUUCAAGCUUUCGAAACUUGUUCUACGGAAGGACAUUAAGAAUCAUGGUAAUCCAACCAGUCAUUGGCCUGAGCUAGUGCUAAAUAACUUCACAACAAGGCUUGGUUGUCGUGUUGGAAGAAUGAUACAAUCUCUCUUUCCCCAAAAUCCAGAAUUCCGUGGUCGUCGAGUUGUUACCUUUCACAAUCAGCGGGAUUAUAUAUUUUUUCGCCACCAUAGGUAUGUAUUUGAAACCAAAACAGCAAAGAGUGGAGACUCGAAAAAGGACCAGGAUCCUACAAUAGAGAAGAAGGCUUCAGAUCAUUUCAAGGCCCGGCUCCAGGAAUGUGGCCCUCGGUUUGUAUUGAAAUUGAAAAGUCUGCAGCAUGGAACAUUUGAUUCUCAAGGCGGGGAAUUUGAAUGGACUCAUAAGCCAGAGAUGGACACCAGUCGAAGGAGAUUUUUCCUGUGAUUUGGCCUUGGAUUCCUGUGUCCAAAUUUUGGCCCAUUGGGUAAUUGUAAAGCCUCAAAUUUUGUUAAGUUUGUCGAUGUAUUUCAAUUUCCAAAUUAUUGCCUUCAUGAAUGUCAUCCUGUCAGUGAACAAAUAUUCUAUCAAUCAAAUAACAAUGAAUUUUGUUUGUCUAAA